UGGCGCAUAAUCUGUACGAACUCAUGCCCGACGGCUUCCUGUACGUCGAGCCGGUAGCAAUGGCUAUCCACCUGGAUGCCAGGAUAUUCUGCUCCAAGAUCCCCGGCCAUCGCCUCGCCAUGUUCAAAACGGAGGCCCAGAAGCAGGCUCUGUACGCACUCUCCGCCAGGACCGGGAGAGCCUACAACAUUGACCUGACAUUCAGCGGCGGCAACCUCUACUGGGGAGACGGGACCCAGCUGGGCGACGCAGAACGGCAGAGCAUGGACUUGGGGAAAACCGGCAAACCGGACAUGAAGUAUGACGGAGGUAAAUUCUCAGAGACGGACCACAGCAAAAAUUUUCUCUGUCAAGCAAAUCCAAACGGGUUAGAUUGGUGAACAGAGAAA